CAGCUUUUCACGCGUUCUGCACUCGCCGUCUGUUUCUGUGUAAGUGUUCCUGCCUAUCUGGCGUGCGUCCGUCCUCCGCUCUCCCUCUUCUCCCUCAGUCGACUCCAGAAUCAUGAAGGUCGCCAGUGGCAGUGCUGCGGCGGCUGCGGGCCCCAGCUGCUCGCUGAAGGCGGGCAAGUCGGCGGGCGGCGCAGGCGAGGUGGUGCGCUGCCUGUCCGAGCAGAGCGUGGCCAUCUCCCGCUGCGCCGGCGGAGCUGGCACGCGCCUGCCGGCUCUGCUCGAUGACCAGCAGGUGAACGUGCUGCUCUACGACAUGAACGGCUGCUACUCGCGCCUCAAGGAGUUGGUGCCCACCUUGCCCCAGAACCGCAAGGUGAGCAAGGUGGAGAUCCUUCAGCACGUCAUCGACUACAUCUGGGACCUGCAGUUAGAGCUGAACUCGGAAUCCGCCGUCGGGACCCCCGGAGGCCGGGGACUGCCCUCCCGAGCUCCGCUGAGCACUCUCAAUGGCGAGAUCAGCGCCUUGGCAGCCGAGGCUGCAUGUGUUCCGUCGGACGAUCGCAUCUUGUGUCGCUGAAUCGCCGCCUUGGGGGCGAGAGGAAAUAUGCUCUCUUGUACCCCUAAGCGUCUUGCCGGAGCUGGGAGGUGGCCGAGAAUCUGAGAUCCGCAGCCAUCGGGCGCUUGCUUGAUCAGGCGGAGGGCUGGGGGACUGGAGAAGGGGAAAACGACUCUACCUCCACGCCUGCCAGCCGCCGGCGUCUCAGAAUUUGGGGCGGGGGAGAGGUUCCCACCCCGUGUGUUUCUAUUUUUUGAAAAGCAGACAUUUUUUUAAAUGGUCACAUUUGGUGCUUCUCAGAUUUCUGAGGAAACAUAUUGCUUGUAUUGUAUAUUACAAUGAUCACUGACUUAGAAUAUUGUUUUACAAUAGUUCUGUGGGGGUGCUUUUUUGUUAUUAAACAAAUAUUUUAGAAACAGUAAA